CACCGCUGAGAAAGUCCAUCAUCGUCGUCUCGAUCCAAUCCAAUUGGGAAGCGCGCCCGCGCCCCGAAAGUCUUAAUCACAAUCGUAUGAUCAUCCACAUUCCUGCACUUUUAAACUCCGACGAACAGAUAAGCCGGCCACACAGCGCGCGCGCUUGCGAGAGGAAUCGAAAAUGGCGCUUAAAGUGUAUGCAGAUCGAAUGUCACAGCCAUCUCGCGCCGUGCUGAUCUUCUGCAAGGUUAAUGGGAUUGAUUUUGAGGAGGUGCUGGUUGCCUUAGCCAAACGCCAACAAUUUACUCCCGAAUUCAAAGAGGUCAACCCAAUGGCUAAGGUUCCCGUCAUUGUCGAUGGAAGAUUUAAGCUGUUCGAGAGCCAUGCUAUUCUUAUCUAUCUUUCUUGUGCGUUUCCUGGUGUGGCAGAUCAUUGGUAUCCAGCUGAUCUUUUCAGGAGGGCUAAAAUUAACUCAGUACUGGAUUGGCAUCAUUCUAACUUACGUUCUGGUGCAGCUCCUUUUGUAUUGCAUACUGUUCUAGCACCUUUGGUUGGCCGUACUCUGGAUCCUCAAGCAGCUGCUGAAGCGGAGGUGAUUUUAUCCAAAUCACUUUCGAAAAUAGAGUCGUUUUGGCUGAAGGGGAAUGGGAAGUUCUUGCUGGGUGGCUUAAGACCAUCCAUAGCUGAUCUUAGCCUGGUUUGUGAAAUUAUGCAACUCGAGGUCUUGGAUGAGAAGGAUCAUAACCGUAUUCUGGGUCCGCACCAGAAAGUGCGGGAGUGGAUCGAGAAUACCAAAAAUGCUACAAACCCACAUUUCGACGAGGUUCAUAAGGUUCUUUACAAACUCAAGGCAACCAUUCAAAAGCAGCGCUCAGAGAAACUGACUUCAAAGAUGUGAAGUUUUUGCUGCUAUCAGCUUUUUGCAAUUGAAUAAAUGUCAUGUAGAAAAGCUGUGAAGAUAAGCUUCACUGUAAGUAUUCUGUGUUACUUUUGAUAAAUAGUUAAGAACUCGCUGUGGUUCUUGUAACAUCCCUCAGUUUCAAUAAUAGACUCAUUUAUACAUCAUAAACUAUUCCCGUU